AUGAGUGGAAAAGGCUUAGCUCAAGUUUUGCUUGAAUCUCUUGGAAAUUUAGGAAUUAACUUAAAUUAUCUCAGAGGAGAAGGGUAUGAUGGAGCUUCUGCCAUGCGAGGGCUAUUAAAUGGAGUACAAGCAAUAAUAAAACAAUCUUACCCAUUAACAUUAUAUAUACACUGUUGUAGCCAUUCAUUAAACUUAGCUAUAUCUGAUGUAUGUAAUAUAAAAUCAAUUCGUAAUGCUGUUGGAAUUAUUCAGACAGGUUGUAGUUUCUUUAACACACCUAAAAGACAGGCUCUUUUGCAAAAUUCGGUUGGACAAAAUGCUCCAAGUUCAAGAAAAACUAAAUUGAAAACUUUAUGCCCAACAAGAUGGGUCGAACGGCAUGAAGCAAUACUAGUAUUUUUGGAACUUUUUGAAUCAAUAAUUGACUCUUUAGAAACUAUUUCAACAUGGAUUGAUAGAGAAACAUCUUCAAAAGCAAGCAGUAUACUUUUCUCUUUAAAACAAGGAGAAACUGUACUUUCCAUUCAUAUUCUUGUGUAA